GCGGCGCACAGUGUCAACAGUGAUUGCUUUUCUACUUCAGAACAGAAAUUAUAUGAAAAUGUUGGAUAAUGGUUGAGAAAGAUGACAUUUAGUGAAAAAGAAUUAUAAGGGAACUGCUACAAUGUCACUUUUAUGUAUAUGUGUGAAAAAGGCCAAACUUGUCGGGAAUUCAGGUCCCUCCAUAGGAGGUUCAUCUGGUUCCCUUCAUCAGUCACCUUCAGUGGGAAACUCCCUAGCUUCCAUUACAGAGCGCUUCAACACGUAUGUGGUCCUCAAGCUUCAGAAUGUCAAGUCUACCACGAUCCUGGUCAAGGGAAACAACCCAUGUUGGGAGCAGGACUUCAUGUUUGAGACUGACCGGCUGGAUGCAGGGAUGAUUAUUGAGGUGUGGAACAAGGGCAUGCUUUGGGACAAGUUGAUAGGGCUCCACUGGCUGCCACUGCGCAGUGUCCACUUUUCCAACCAGGAGGGUGAGGGGAAGUGGAUGACACUAGAUAGUGAGCUUAUAAUGCAGAAUGGGGAGAUCAAGGGCACCCGCUACCCCACUGGACACAGCGUCCUCAUUGAAGCUCGCUUUGAGAUACCGUACGAAGCUGUGGCCGACCUUCCAGAACACGAGGCUAUUAAGCUCAAGGAGAAACUUGAAGAGCUCAACAACAUGGAUGCCGAGAUUCUCCAAAAUAAGGAGUUGUCCAAGAGACAGAGUUAUUCACAGUCGGGAAUGUCUGAAGACAGUGAUUACACGAGUGACAUAAACUAUCCGUUGCCCCACCAACACAACAGCUCAGCCCACCAGUUCCGAGGGGAACCCAACUAUCCUUUGCACCGUGAAAAUGGCAAUGGAUACAGGCAGGAUUACCGAUCUUAUGAGGACUCAUUUGACCAGGACGAAUAUGAUCGGCCUCGAAGUUCUUGUGAUCAAAUUGAUGAGUUUGAUAGGUGUGGAUCCUGCGAACAGGUUGAUGCAUUCGACCAGCGAUCAAUUGAACGAGAUGAUAUUGCUUACAAUCGAAGGAAUUCCUUUGAACGGACUGAGUCAUUUGAGCAGGAGUUUGAUCGAAGAUCGGAUAACUAUGACUAUGAGCGGUCAGAUACAGAGUAUGAGAGGUCUUUACACAAUGAUCAUUAUGAUCAGGAUAACUACUAUGACAGUCGUGAUUAUGACAGAAGAUCACAUCACAGCUCAAAUCGUGACUUUGAUUAUGACUAUGACCAGGAGGAUUAUAUGUAUUCACAAGACGAAUAUGAACGGACAUUAACGAACGAAGAUAGUAUAAAAAGUGAUAAAGAUAGAGAAAGAUACAGACACAGUGAUACACUGGAUUCUAGACACAGUGACUCUCAUUAUGAAAGAGAGAGUAGAUAUGAUUCACAGGAGCGUUUAUCAGAUAUAUUUACACCACGUGAAUCUCAACAUUUUCCAAGAGAGCGUGAUCCAAACAGCCCAUACCAUGUGCAUGGGCGCAGUGACACAGACUCAGAAAUCCUCUCAUACAAUAGUCGUCCCUAUCCCAGACAUAAUGUCCCUUCAUCUGUACCAAGACAAGGAAGCCCUCACGAGAGCCAGAUCAGUCACGGCAGCAGGUUCUCAUCCAUGACCCAACAAAGCACUCAAGAUUUCAGUCCAUUGAAUAGUCGGUCUUCCACAAAUGUGAGCCAGCAGAGCACGCAGGAGUACAGCGAUGUAGACCUGCUGUACGAUCGGCGGGGCUCCGUCCUCCGACCAUCCCCCGCCCGCGCUCGCUGGAUAGAUGCCUUCAAUAAAGUGUGUGCUCAAUUUAAUACUAUUGACCUAUGGAAUCGGACUGGUACAUUGGUGGACGGGACCAAUGGAGCCCUUCACCCCCAUCAAGACAGCCGCUCCUGGGCACAUGGAGGAGUAUUUCCUGGUCAUAACGAUAUCUACACUUCCAUAGACAGUAUGCCUGAGAUAAAACCCCCAUCUAGAAAAUCUGUGAUUCUUGUCAGUGACCUGACAAUGCAAGCCUCCAAGAGAAACGCAGUGUCUUCUGCAAUGGUUGCCAGACAGUCGCUGAAUGAUGAAGAACUGAAGAUGCAUGUGUACAAGAAGACGCUUCAGGCUCUCAUCUACCCCAUCUCGAGUACAACGCCCCACAACUUCUAUGUGUGGACGGCAACGUCACCAACCUACUGUUUCGAGUGUGAGGGUCUGCUGUGGGGGCUGGCCAGGCAAGGUGUGCGGUGUACGGAGUGUGGUGUCAAGUGCCAUGAAAAAUGCAAGGAUCUUCUCAAUGCUGACUGCCUGCAAAGAGCGGCGGAGAAAAGCUCAAAACAUGGUGCUGAAGACAAGACCCACAACAUCAUCAAGGCCAUGAGAGACCGCAUGAAACUUAGGGAGAGAAACAAGCCAGAAAUAUUCGAACUCAUCAGCCAAGUGUUUAACGUAGAGAAGAAGUCACACGCGGGUCAUAUGAAGGCCGUAAAGCAGAGUGUGUUGGAUGGCACGUCAAAAUGGUCUGCCAAAAUUGCAAUCACAGUGAUAUGUGCUCAAGGUUUGAUUGGGAAGGACAAAACGGGGACAAGCGACCCGUACGUCACGGUGCAGGUUGGCAAGGUAAAGAAGCGCACCAAGACCGUGCCACAGGAUCUCAACCCGGAGUGGCACGAGAAAUUCUACUUUGAGUGCCACAAUUCAUCUGACAGAAUCAAAGUCAGAGUCUGGGAUGAAGAUAAUGACUUAAGGUCGAAAGUAAGAAAAACCUUCACUCGAGAGGGGGAUGAUUUUCUCGGUCAGUGGUAUAUUGAGGUUGCUCAACUGUGCGGGGAAACUACUGUUUGGCAUAAUCUAGAAAAGCGUACAGACAAGUCUGCAGUGUCAGGUGCUAUCCGUCUGCACAUUAGUGUUGAGAUAAAGGGCGAGGAAAAGGUCGCACCCUACCAUAUCCAGUACACCUGUCUCCACGAGAACCAGUUUCACUACCUGUGUGAGCAGACGGGUGGCACAGUGAAACUGCCAGAGUCCUCGGGGGUAAAACAAAAAUUAAGUGUGAAUUACGGUGUUAUCGCCCUGCUCAAGACUAUCAUGAAGAAUUGUGCGAUCACUACCAAGCUCAUUGAGGAUGAAGCGUGGAAGACAUACUUUGAGGAGCCUGCGCAGGAAAUAGUGGAUGAAUUUGCUAUGAGAUAUGGAAUUGAGUCUAUCUACCAAGCUAUGACGCAUUUCUCUUGUUUGUCCACCAAGUACAUGUGUCCAGGCGUACCAGCUGUUAUGAGUACCCUCCUUGCGAACAUUAAUGCUUUCUACGCCCACACAACGGCAACAACGGCUGCAGUGUCUGCCAGUGAUCGGUUCGCUGCCUCAAAUUUCGGGAAAGAAAAAUUUGUAAAGCUACUAGACCAGCUUCACAACUCCCUGAGAAUAGAUCUCUCCAUCUAUAGGAACAACUUCCCGGCGUCAGACCCAACUCGGCUGCAGGACCUCAAGUCCACGGUGGACCUCCUCACAAGCAUUACAUUCUUCAGGAUGAAGGUUCAGGACCUGCCAUGUCCUCCGCGAGCCAGUGCUGUGGUGAAAGACUGUGUUAUUGCCUGCAUGAAGUCCACCUACCAGUUCCUCUUCGACAACUGCUGCGACCUCUACAGACGCGAGUUUCAGGUGGAGACAAACACAGAAAGUGAGAAUCCGGAACAGGAGGGGCCAAGCGCUAAAAAUCUCGGCUUCUGGCACAAGCUGAUCGCCCUGAUAGUGUCAGUGAUAGAAGAGGAUCGUAACAGCUACACACCUGUGCUCAACCAGUUCCCACAGGACCUGAAUGUGGGCCAAGUCAGCGCUGCCAUAAUGUGGGACCAGUUCGCUCAGGACCUUAAAAUUGCCUUGCAAGAGCAUGAGAAGAUGAAGACUUGUAAGAGCACGGACUACAUGAACCUACACUUCAAGGUGAAAUGGCUGUACAGCAAGUACAUAGCCGACAUUCCCCAGUACAAAAACACAGUGCCUGAGUAUCCCGCGUUGUUUGAGCCAUUUGUGAUGCAGUGGUUGAAUGAGAAUGACGACAUCUCACUAGUGUUUCAGCACGGCGCUUACCAGAGAGACAAGAGAGAUGGUUUCCAGAAGAGUUCAGAACAUGCGCUGUUUUCCACAAGUGUUGUCGACGUUUUUACCCAGCUCAACCAAUGUUUCGACGUUAUACGCAAGCUUGAAUGUCCCGACCCUCAGAUGCUCAAACGCUGCAUGGAGAGAUUUGCUAAUACAGUAAACAAGGUGCUGCUUGCCUAUGCUGACAUUGUUAGGAAAGACUUCAAGGAUUACACGAGCAAUCAAAGAGUGGCUUGUAUUCUGAUGAACAACAUUCAACAGCUACGAGUGCAGCUUGAAAAAGUGUUUGAGUCGAUGGGUGGUGAACGACUGGAUGCAGAUGCAGCCAACAUUCUCAAGGAGCUGCAGCAGAAACUGAAUACCGUCCUUGAUGAACUCAGUAGCAUCUUUGCCAAGUCUCUGGAGCCGCAGAUACAACAGAGCAUGCAGUGUUGUUUGCAGGAGCUUAGCUCGCUGUUGUCGAAGGUGAAGGGUACAGGUCAGGUGUCUUUAAACCAGCCAUCGCAGCGGACCACGAUACAGCAGGAGAGCGACAUGGUUCUCCGACCACUCAUGGACCUUCUAGAUGGCAGCCUGUCCAUGUUUGCUCAAGUGUGCGAGAAAACCGUGCUGAAACGAUUGCUCAAGGAGUUGUGGAGGAUUGUGAUGUACACUAUGGAGAAGACAGUGGUGUUACCUCCCCUCUCAGACCCCAGACAGCUCAUAGUGCUGCCCGGGAGUGCUCAGGCUAAGAUAGAGGAUGUUUCCCGCCUCUUCCUCAACCAUGUUAGCCAAAUGCCCAUGAAUGUGCCUAUGAUUCAGGACAUGUCAAAGGAGGCAGAGAAGAACCUUACGCCAAAGCAGUGUGCGGUUCUUGACACCGCCCUUGAAGCCAUCAAGAUCUACUUCCAUGCAGGUGGCCAGGGCCUUAAGAAGAAUUUCCUUGAGAAAAGCUCCGAGUUGCAGUCCUUGCGCUAUGCUCUGUCAUUGUACACACAGACGACAGACACGCUCAUCAAGACGUUUGUAAACACGCAGACGUCACAGGACACGCAGAGGGAGAUUGUGGGUGAGGUCUCCAUACAGGUAGACUUGUUUACCCACCCUGGUACUGGUGAACACAAAGUCACUGUGAAAGUUGUUGCAGCCAAUGACCUGAAGUGGCAGACCACGGGAAUGUUCCGUCCGUUUGUUGAGGUGAACAUGAUCGGGCCGCACCUCAGUGACAAGAAACGAAAGCACUCAACAAAGUCAAAGAGCAAUAACUGGUCACCAAAAUUUAACGAGACAUUCCACUUCAUUCUCGGCAACGAAGAUGAGCCGAGUUCAUACGAGUUGCACAUCUGUUCAAAGGACUACUGUUUUGCGCGGGAAGAUCACCUGAUUGGCAUGUCAGUGAUGCAGCUACGCGACAUCGCAGAGAAAGGCAGCUGCGCGUGCUGGUGCUCCCUGGGUAAGCGGCUCCACCUGGAUGAGACCGGCUGGACAAUCCUGCGCAUUCUCUCACAGCGAACCAAUGAUGAGGUCGCCAAGGAGUUUGUAAAGCUGAAGUCAGAGGUCCGACACCUAGAGGAGCAUAUGAUGCAGAAAAAAUAGACUGGUAUCUCGGUGUUGACUUGGUGUGUGUGAAUAAUGCUGUAUAUACACUUACAUCAUAUAUAUAUAUAAGUUAUACCAUUGGAGAACAUGGGUUUCAUUGUGUACCUGUGUAAUAUUAAUCACAAAAGCAGUGCUUAGCUAGAUAAAAGACAGAUGAGAAACUUGAAGGUAUCUGCACAUUAUGGUGCUGUUAGAUUAGCGCUGUUGAGGAAAAUUGUUGCAAUUGCCUGUCACUAUGUGACUGUGUUGUUGAUGAUAAUUUUCCAUAGAAACAGCAUAUAUCUGUCACUCAAAAUAUACAUAGUGAUGGAGAUAUAUCAUUCCAAAAUGAAUAGUGAGUAGACACCCAUGUAAACUCUUGACCACUGUUUAGUGUGGUCUGUUAAAAAAUAUGCAUACGAAAUGUUAAGUAUUGCUUUAUUGUGUACAUGUUUAUGCAUUCUGCUACUUGAUUAAACUUUUGACCAGCUUAAGAAAAGUAGCAAAAGAUGUUGUGUUAACAAACAACUGCAUCUAUAUAUAGUAUCAGAUGCAUUGUAGAGUGUUGUUUAUUUUACAGUGUAACACCUUAGGCUAUUGACCUUUGUCUGUGAACAUAUAUGUUGUUAUACUAUGCCAACAUCAUGUAAAGCAUAAUGCUCUUUUUUACAUAUUAGUCUAUUUAUACCUUCGUAAUUUGUGAGGUUAUAUAGUGUUCUUUAAGUUAAACUGUUGUAAAUUCUGUUGUUUUACAAAAUAUAUUACAUACACAUGCAUUCAUACAUGAACCAUUAACCACAUUAGGGUUGUUGUUUUUAAGUUUGUGGAAAACAUGGGUAUUGUUAACUUCAAUCAAUAGUGCUGUGGUAUGAAUUAUUGUUGGUUAUGUUCAAGUGUUAGUGCAAUCUUGUUGGUUUCUUUAACUUAUCUACCUGUACAUUCCUGUUAAUUUUGAUAAAGUAUAUGUUUCAUGUUAGGGUGUAAGACCCACAAAUCAGUUACAUGUAGUCAUUAGGUUGUUGCGUUUUCUUUUAGAAACAAAAUCAAGGUAUAUUUACGGCUUUGAGGUGGCUGUAUGCAUCAUUCAAAAAAACUUAAUGCUGGCCAGAAGCUAAAAAACAGUUAUAAGAUGUUCACAAGAAACUUGUUAUGUCUGUUAAUAACAUCACACAUGUGUGUAACAAGUCACUCCGGCUUAAGUCUUGUUGAAUUACACGCCUUGGCUGACUGAGAAAAGACAGACAAGUGUUGGCAUAUGCUUCCUGUGCCCUUGUCUUAGAGUUCCACCCUCUGCAGUGCUGAAUUCUGUGUCUCUUGACCCUAUAUAUACUAAUAGUUCUAUUUGAAAGAGGUCUGUUUAUUAUUCAAAAAUGAGAAAAAAACAUUGCCGUAAAAAAAAUAAGCAUGGCGUUUGUCUGUACUUUGUUUGACAAGUGUAAAUAACUUGUAUGUAUGAAAAAGGCAAAACUAGCUUCAAAUGGUACCAAUAUUAUUUUAAACUAAUAUUAUUUUGGGUUAACAAGUUUGAACAGUUAAGCUAUUGUGGUUGAAAUACCUUAAUUUUGCUAUGUAAAACAGCUCAAGAAUUGGUUGUGCUUUAUUGAUGGGCUUUGUGCAUAACAGCCUGGUAGUCAGGUGAUAUGAAUGUUCAUAGCAACAAGCAUUCACAAUCAGAAUGAGAAUUAUGUAAGAUGAAACUUCUGUUUAUUAUGAUUCCAUCUUGUUAUUUUUUAUUAUGUUACAUUUUUUAUAUAACUGUACUAAAAAUCUGAGAAUUCCAAUCUUGUAGUGCAAUAGCAUUGUUACUUGUCUUUCAUAACAGAAAAUAUGAACUGUUAAGAUCUAUCUUGUUUCCUAUUUUACUGUUGAAGUAAGUCUAUAUAACAUGUACAUUAGAUUAUUAUUUUUUUAAUUUAUUUAAACAUGUAUUUUUUUUUUACUGUAGAUGUGUGUUUCGAAUAUGUUUAUUGACUUAAAGGGCUGUCUCACGUAUGAUAAAAUAGCGAAAAAAAAGAGAAAUUAUCGAAAACUGAUAUAAACUUGGCAUCGAUCAUCAUAGUGUACAAUGCAUUGAAACUUACUAACUGAAGUACCACAUAGUUUACAAUUUAUUUAAGUUAUGCAGUUAUUUGGUAUUUUUCCAUUAAAAAAGAUUACUGGGUAUGUCUACCAGGUAGAAUUCAUUCCUGAUGCAUGAUUGGCUAGUCUGUGUUAUCACGUAAUAUUACCGAGGUAGGUGUAUAGCUUAAUUAUGUCACCCGAUUAGAGUAAGCCUUUGUAGCUCAGUCAGUACGACGCUAACCUGUAAUUUUGGCGACACGGGUUCGAACCCGGUCUCCGACACAAUUUUUUUUUUACAUUUUGGUACUUUUUUUUAAAAUUAUGAUAUCAAAGCGUAACACAUUCUAUUAGAUAAUUGUCCUGAGAUUCGUAACAGAAAAAAACUUUUUGAUGCCAAUACGUGAGACAGCCCCUUUAAGGCAAUUUUUUUUAUCUAUCUUGUUUCAGAAUUGUUGAUAGCUCAGAAGAUAUUAAAUGUCAUAUGAAAUCCAAAAUAAACACAAUAUUCAUUUCAGUUGAUAAAUGUUAUAACAUUGAAUUGGCUAUAGAUCAGCCAUCUCUCUUCCAGAUACAGUCGAACACUGUCAGGUUGUUUCUGAACUGCUGUAACUAAGAGGACGACCAUAAUCAAAACAAAUACAAUGUACUAUUCUUUUAGCUUAAAGUACAGUUUGCAUAAAAGUACACAGUUAUGUGUUCAGGUUACAUUUCUGAUUAUAUUUGUUUUUGUGUCGCCUGUGAAGCGUGGCAGACACGUCAGGAUUACUUCGUCAAGCAUCGUCUGCAUUGUCAGCUCAUUUUCAUUUCCAUGGAAAACAAUUCAUUAACUUGUUGUAGAGUUUUCAAACUUGGUAUGCACAUUGGUCACGGUCAGUAGAUGACUCCUAUUGAUCUUGGGGUCAGUUAGGUCCAAGAUCAUGGUGACCUUUACUUGAAAAAUGAUUUGCUCCCCCUACAGGCGUAACAUGUGAUUUUGAGAAACUCUUAAUUUAUUUAAAUGAUUUUUUUUUAUUAUAUAUGUACAACAUUAUAUUUUGGUUGCAAUAUGGUGAUGGUUUCAGUUUGUUUGUAGUUGUCAUCAAAUCAAUCUUGGAGAGAUCUGCUACAUCUACAUUUAUUAUCAUUUGGAACAAUCAGAAUUUAUUUCCAGUAUAAAAAAAUUAAAUUAUUUUUUUUUGUCCUUAAAAUUGUGAUCUUUGCUUGCUACUAUAUAUAAGCAGGAUUCAAGUAAUGUAUUAACACAUUCAAAUUACAGUUUGUUCCUAUAUUGUUUCGUUUUUCAAUUUCAUAUUAUCUUGUCAUUUUUCAUUAUUGCAAAUAUACUUGUUAGCUAUGUAA